ACGUGUUCAGUUUGUUGUGCGGUGGCGCCGUGUUUGUCUCGCAGUCGAACCCGAACCAAACAGAGAGAACCAGAACAUCAGGCUCCCAUCGGAUUAUCAGCUUGCCACACAGCCGGCCAGCAGCAGAGACGGGCGGAUACAACCUCUCCGACUCGACUCACAGAUCCAGCAGCAGCCCUCCUCGCUCCUCCUCAUCAUGGCUGAAACUGCGGGGAAGUUCGACUUUGCCAUCGACCGCGGCGGCACCUUCACAGACGUGUUCGCCCGGCUGCCCGACGGCCGCGAGAGGGUCCUGAAACUGCUGUCGCGAGACCCCCAGAACUACAAGGACGCCCCCACUGAGGGGAUCCGCAGAGUCUUGGAGGAGGAAACAGGACAGGUGUUCCCUCGUCACCAGCCUGUAGACACCUCUCUGAUUGGCUGGAUCAGAAUGGGCACCACGGUGGCGACCAAUGCGCUGCUGGAGAGACGGGGAGAAAGGACGGCGCUCCUGGUCACGAGGGGCUUCAAGGACUUGCUGCACAUCGGCACACAAGCCAGACCCAAGCUGUUUGACUUGGAACCUCCACUGACGUGAGCCGGUACGCGGGUCAGUAUGAACACGUGUUCGAGGCCACGACAGCGGGAGUCACCCUGCAGGCGCCUCAGCUGGACAUCAACACUGUGGCUGCAGGAGGGGGGUCCCGGCUAUUUUUCAGAUCAGGGAUGUUUGUUGUUGGACCGGAGUCCGCAGGUGCACAUCCAGGACCGACCUGCUACAGAAAAGGGGGUCCUCUGACUGUGACAGAUGCUAACUUGGCUCUGGGUCGCCUCCUUCCGUCUUUCUUCCCAAAAAUCUUUGGACCAGAGGAGAACGAAGCCCUGUCCGUGGAGGAGACCAUGAAAAAUUUCCAUCUUCUCACAGAUGAGAUCAACCUUUUCCUGUCUUCCAACCAAUCCAAGGUUGGAGCAAAUGGGACCAAUAAAUCACAGAACAGCGUGGUGCCUAACAGCCAAUCAGAGAUGAGUGUGGAAGAGGUUGCUAUGGGAUUCGUUCGUGUUGCUAACGAGGCCAUGUGUCGACCAAUCAGAGCUCUGACUCAGGCCAAGGGUCACGAUACUUCGCAGCAUGUGUUGGCAUGUUUCGGAGGUGCAGGUGGCCAACAUGCCUGUGCCAUCGCCCGAGCCCUGGGGAUGAAGACUGUCUUCAUACAUAAGUACAGCGGCGUGUUGUCGGCAUACGGUCUGGCUCUAGCAGAUGUUGUGGAGGAGCAGCAGGAGCCGUGCUCGCUGAAGUACGAGCAGAAGUCUUUCAGCGAGCUCGACCGCAGGAUGGAGCAGCUCUCCAAACGCUGCCGCGACACGCUCCAGAGUCGAGGCUUUACGAGUGGUCAGUUAACCACUGAGGUUUUUCUCCACAUGCGUUACAAAGGCACCGACUGCGCGCUCAUGGUUUCUGCUGAYGGUUACCCUUGCAACGCAGAGUCCUGUCGAGCCGGCGAUUUCCACACCGCCUUCACCAAACGUUACAUGAAGGAGUUUGGAUUCACCAUCCCAGACAGAGACAUCAUGGUGGAUGACAUCAGAGUGAGAGGUUGUGGGAAAUCUGGAAUCCGGUCGGUGUAUAAACCGAAGCUGGAACACAGACAAGCCAAACCUGUCAUGACGACAAAGUGUUAUUUUGAGAACGGUUAUUUGGACACAAGUGUGUAUCUGUGGGAGGAGCUGCCGUGUGGAUGCGCCGUYCAAGGACCGGCCAUCAUCAUUGACAAAAACAGCACCAUCCUGGUGGAGCCGUCCUGUGAGGCCCGUCUGACCGAAGAGGGCGACGUUUGCUUGACUGUGGGUUCGGACCACGGGUGCGUCCUCGGCACCGAGCUCAACACCGUCCAGCUCUCCAUCUUCUCCCACCGCUUCAUGAGCAUAGCCGAGCAAAUGGGACGAGUGCUUCAAAGGACCUCCAUCUCCACGAACAUCAAGGAGCGCCUGGACUUCUCCUGUGCCGUGUUCGGACCCGACGGAGGCCUGGUGUCCAACGCGCCCCACAUACCCGUCCAUCUGGGAGCCAUGCAGGAGACGGUCCAGUACCAGAUCAGAUCACUGGGAAACCAGCUGAGCGAAGGGGACGUAAUUCUGAGCAACCACCCRUGUGCCGGCGGCAGCCACCUCCCGGACCUCACCGUCAUCACACCGGUGUUCAGAACGGGAGUGAGCAGUCCGGUGUUCUUUGUAGCCAGCAGGGGGCACCACGCCGACAUCGGAGGCAUCACGCCGGGCUCCAUGCCCCCCCACUCCACCUCCCUCCAGCAGGAGGGGGCRAUCUUCGUUUCUUUUAAGCUCGUCAGUGGUGGGAUUUUCCAGGAGGAAGCUGUCACCGAAGCUCUGAUGGCUCCGGCUCAGUACCCCGGCUGCUCUGGGACUCGUAAUCUCCACGACAACCUGUCAGACCUGCAAGCUCAGGUGGCAGCCAAUCAGAGAGGCAGCCAGUUAGUGGGGGAGUUGAUCGACACGUACGGCCUUGCUGUGGUUCAGGCGUACAUGGGGUACAUCCAGAGUAACGCGGAGCUGGCGGUGAGGGACAUGCUGAAAGAGUUUGCACACCGUCGCCGGCAGCAAACCGGCUCCUUGGAGGUGGAGUCAGAAGAUCUCAUGGACGACGGGACGCCGAUCAGACUGAGGGUUCAGAUUAACGAGGAGGAGGGCAGCGCGGUGUUUGACUUCACGGGGACGGGAACAGAAGUGUGGGGGAACUGCAACGCCCCCCGAGCCAUCACUCUGUCCGCUCUCAUCUACUGCCUGCGCUGCAUGGUCGGCCAGGACAUUCCCCUCAAUCAGGGUUGUCUCACUCCGGUCAAAGUCAUCAUCCCCCCCGGCUCCAUCCUCCAGCCGUCCCAGAACGCAGCAGUGGUUGGAGGAAACGUGCUCACGUCCCAGAGAGUGGUGGACGUCAUAUUCAAGGCGUUUGAAGUGUGCGCCGCCUCCCAGGGCUGUAUGAACAACAUCUCGUUCGGCAGUGAGAAGGUUGGUUAUUAUGAGACUGUGGCCGGAGGGGCUGGAGCAGGACCCGGCUGGGACGGGCGGAGCGGAGUGCACUCUCACAUGACCAACACCCGCAUCACUGAUCCGGAGAUUUUAGAAAAGAGGUAUCCGGUGAUUUUAGAGCAUUUCUCUCUGAGGACCGGCUCCGGAGGGGCAGGGAGGCACCGCGGCGGAGACGGCGUGAUUCGGAAGCUCUUGUUUAGGAACAAGGUGGUCCUGUCGGUCCUGACAGAACGGCGAACCAUUCGCCCCUAUGGCCUUAUGGGCGGAGAGGACGGAGCGRCGGGGCUGAACCUGCUCCACAGAGCUGAUGGACGAGUCCUCAACCUGGGAGCCAAAACCAGCGUCAGCCUUCAGCCAGGGGACAUGUUCUGCCUCUACACCCCGGGAGGAGGUGGGUAUGGAGAAGAGGAGGUGAACGGGACGCCUCAGACAAAACGAAGGCGUUUAAAUGAGACGUUCUCAGAACGRGGGAGCAUCUUUGAGUUCAGAAUGGCUCAAGAAGGGGUAUAAAAAAGAAGAAGAUGAAGUUCUAGACUCUAGUUUUUAACACAAACUGGUAUCUGAUCAAAUCAAAUGAUGCAGCUGCUCAUCUGUUCAAACUGAACACGAGUUUGUAGAGGCUCAGUCUCUUUAUGUAGGUUUUUCUUCUGUUUUUAUUCAAAAGGACCAAAUAAACCCAUUUCAACAAAA